AUGAAACGAAAUUUAACUAGUAAACCAUUCAAGGAGUCUAAAGUCACCACGGCGCCAAAGGGAGAAUGCAUUGCUAAGCUAGAACAGGAAUUCAAGACGAACGACGCUUACUUCGCAGAAAUCCAAAAACAGGUGGAUAGUGCAAACAUUGGUGGAGCCUACGAGGAACUCAUCAAGAAGGCUGGAGAAAUGUGCAGUACAGAGCAGCUGGAUCGCCUCAAAGCUCUUCUAAAAAAGUAUCAGAAACUGCAAGAGAACGUGCAAGCGCUGGCGCCAGGAUAUCCGUUGAGUGUGAGACAUGAGGUGUUGGACUGGAUGAGAGACGGUAAUCUAUUGGCGCUGAUGAACUUCCUCGGGCGUGAAAACAUGGCUUCCGUGCUGGAUCAAUCAAAAAGCACCAAAUUGAUGCAAACGACCCUUGACUUGGCAUCAAUGCAAAUUGAGCUACUCUUCAACCCUAUCUAG